CGCGCAUGGUGACGAAAUGGCAUCAACAUGGCGGACAAGGUGCUUUUCCCUAUAAAAUGGAAGUUGAAGUAAUUUUACCAUAAAAAGUGCAAGCAAUAACUUUGAUUUUUUUUAUUUCACAAUAAAGAUGGCAUCAUCUAAAGUUGUGAAGGUUGACGAUGUGCAUGGUCCACCACAAAAUGCAGCUUUCAUGGGAUUUGAGCGCUCUCGUACAAACCAGUCACUCUCAACAGACUUUCUUGCUUUUGGAACCGACUCAUCAUAUCUGCCAACAACCAGCAGAAUAGAUGAUGGUUCUGGACUGUAUGAUGAAGAAACUACAGAGGAAGCUCAUGAUAAGGUGUUCCCUCUCCCUGAGAACUGGCCAAAGAUUCCCCAGAUAUUUCGCCGUCGUAGUUGUGAGCUGACAAUGGCCACCUCUCCAUGUGUAAAUAAGGCAGUCUCCCACCUUGAGCUUCUUCAGAAUGUCAUUGAAGACUGGAGCAAGGAGAAAGUGUAUGAAAUCCAGAGCCGGCAAGCAUCAGCAAGAGCAUCUGCCAAAGAUGUGCGGUUUGAGGGCAAGGGUUUGAGAAGUGCCAGUACGAGAGCCUCCUCAGCAUCAGCCCUGUCAGUCACAGGCCAGGGGCUCACAGCCCCACAGAAAGUUGAGAUAGUAGAGCCAGCUAUGCCGUACCUUGGAGCAGAGGACGCUGUAGAUGAGGUGAUGACUUUGCUGGCAAGGCUCGAGAACGACCGACAGGAGACAGAGAAUGCCCUGGAACGUGAGAAGGACCGGGUCAUACGUCUCAGUAACAAGAUUGACCAUCAUCGGCAGAGGAGGAUGAAGGAACUGCCUGAAGUUGUGCAGAGGGAGCAUGAGGAGAGUAUAGUUGACCUAAACGAGAUGCAGUGGCACGUUGCAUAUAGCAGUCGGAAUGAGUCACGUAUAAAGGAGAGGGUGGAAAUAGCCGAGGUGCUCAAUAACAGACUCAAAGAAGAUAUUGACUUUGUCAAGAAACACAUCCCUCUAGUUGAAGAGAAGUUAGAACUGGAAUUGGAAGCAAUGUCAAAGAUCAGAAAUGCUCAGAACGAGACGAACCAGGAGCUUGACAACACACGUAAUCGGCAGGAGAAAACGGAGGCGAAGAGUGGCGAGGCCUACCAGAAGGCAGAAAAGGAGCGUGGUCAUAUUAAGAAAGAGCUUGACACUGUCAGGGAGGCGCUUGCUUCCAUUAAUGAAGACUUGUCUGAAUCCAAGAUGACGUACAACGCAUACAUCCACCAGAUCAACGACAUUACACAGCAGCUCAAGGACAAUGAACAGGAACUCAAGGUCCUUGAGGUCAAGGUUGAGAAUGCCAAGGUCGCCGAAGAAAUGCAGGCUGCAAAGGUUGCAGAAAUUAACACGAAGAUUGUGGAUGCAGAGUUUGAGAAUGCCAGACUGGACUCAGAGAAUACCCAGCUUCAGGCACAGCUUAAUACGAAGAAACGUCAGUACAGCAACACCAUUAACGAGCUAGAGCAGAUUAUGCGUGCCCGUGACAGCAAGCUGCGACAGGUGGAACUCAAGAACAAAGAAGUUGAGAUGGAGGUCCAGGAUUUCGAAGACAAGAAAAAAGAGUGCAAACGUCAAAAAGACAUGGACGAAAAGAAUGUCAAGCGAAUCUACAAGGAGAUGCAGAAAAUUCAGAUGCAGUUAUCUGUCACAAUUGAUGAGUUUAACCGUGUCGCUGCCAUCAACUCUACCAUUCGCGACCAGCUCAUCUCUGAGCAGGAAAAGACACACAAGAUGGAGGAAAGCCUCAAGAUGACUGCUGACAGCCUGAAGCGCCAGGUGAAGGAUGAAGUCCACACCAAAUCUGUCAUGACGGCCCGUAUAUCAUCUGAUAAACAGGAAAUACAGAAAUCACGUGGUGAUAUCAGGCAGAAGAAAAAUAAGGCAGCAAAGGUGGCUGACGAGGUGGUGACAGCUGUCAACACUGUCCGCGAGAAGGUGGAGAAACUUCGCUCUGCCAAGGAGAACAAGAACAGGAAAAAGAGCAACUUGUCUGCCCAGAGAGAAGAGACAGUGAAGCAGAUGGAGGAGUCAGAGAGGAAGUUUGAUGAGCGCAAGAACCAGCUUGAGCCCCACCAUAAACAUCUCAGUGAUGACCUGUUGAAUGUGAGUCGUCGCAUGGACCACAUCGAGUGGAAGUCAGAAAUGAUGAACAACAAGAUGGGGGACAUGGACAAGUCUCAGGGUAUGAUAGACCGUCUCCUGGUGAACACGAAGAUUGCGCUAGAGACCAUAGGAGGCCAGUUAGUUGAGUUGGACCUGCAGAUACAAGCUGCCCAGAAGAUUGAAGAUGACCUGAAGAUGCAGCUCAAUGGUGUACAGUCGCGUAUUCGAGACAGUCAGCAGGGCCACAGAAAACUGAUGGACGAGAGGAAGAUCAAACUGAGGGAACUCGAGGAGCAGAAAGUUAGCAGUAUGAAGAUGAACAAGGAGCUGGCAUCAAUGUACCGCACCCUGCAGAACAACCAGAUGGUCGUCAAGGACAAAUACAUCAACAACUUUGGGGAUCGUGUAAAGAUGGAAAAUUCCAUUAAAGAUGUCAGAGAGUUGCAAGCCCUACAACUCCGCAUGCAAGGUGCUAUGACUGAGUAUUACAAAUUGAGAGGACUUUAUAACACUUCCGAGCUUUCACGCAUGGAAGAUAUGUCAAUUAAAAACAGUGAAAAAGUCAGCGAGCUACAGGGCAACAUGGACACAGCCUUGAAAAACAUAACAGAGUUCUUACAAACUCAGAUGACUGGAGAAGCAAUAAAGAAAACGGCGUGGGAUAAUUUACAGAAAAACGAACAGCGAAGGGCCGCACGUGAGAUGAGACGAGAAGCACGAGCAAUGAAACUGAAAUCCACCAGCACGGUGACUGUGGCAUCGUAAAUAUUUGGAUAGUAUUCAUAUAUGUAAGCAUUAGUUAAGAAUUUAACUGUGAUAUUUAUAUUUCAUUGUUUUCAAUAUGGAUGUUUUUUUUGUUUAAUGGUGUUUGUUAAUGAUACAUGCAUUUGUCAACGAAACGUCGGUGUUAUGUGCAUUUUUUGUUUCUAUAUGCAUCAAACUAUCAGUAAUAUGUACAUGCAUAGUAUUAAGCUUUUUUGAUACAAAGUGUUCUUGUUGAUUGUAUAGAUGAUUUUUGGAAUUUAAACAAUUUUAAAGUUCUGUUCAAAGAAAACAAGUUAAGAUAUACAUGUAGUGACAGCUUGAUAAAGUGAGGUAAAGAGGUGAGCAGUGACACCUGUUUGCGGUGCUCUUAUUUUAUAGUAUAAAUAGUAUGUUACUUUGAAAACUUGAAUUUUACAUACUUAGUUUUUACAUUUUAUCAAAUAUUUGCCAAAAUUUGUUAUAGUGCUUUAAAAACGUUUUAAUUAUGACCAAUUGUGUUGUGUGUUCGGAGCCAGAGUUAUAUGGCAGUAAAUUUCUGUGACCAAUUUAAAUAAUGAAACGUAUUUGUAAGUUGAAAUGAUCUUAGUGUCUCUUUUGCUUUCAUUGAUUUUCUACAUAUUUGUGUAAAGUGAACGUUAGUAAGUAUCAAGUUGCUGUCAUGUGAAAAAAUCAUCUUGAUGUCAUCCUUAACUUUCCAACAGAUUUAAGACGUCUAAAUCAACAACUGAAAUCCUUUAAAGAACCAGGCGCUAGGUGCCUUAACAAAAAGGACUGACUCACAAAUGAGCUGUUAUUGUCAAGAAGAAGAAAGUUUCAUAUAUUUAAUACUUACUACACAAAUAGAUUUAAAAAGCAAACAUGCUGUUUUUGUUAUUUUGAGCCUUUCUUAAAGUCUCUUUAAACAAGUACCAGAAGAUAAUUGUGGACCACAUCAUUUCAAAGAAACAAUUAAAUUAACACGAUUGUCAUGCAGACGACAAACUGAAUAUAUUUAUUUACCUGUAUUGUUAUGAAAUUUAGAUUCUCUGUUAUAAAUGGUUAUCAGUUAAAUUUUGAUACAUUAAACUGUAUGAAAGUGAUGAAAUUUCCUUUAAAGAGUUCAUUAUUUUAUGGAAGCAUUCUUAAUUGCAUCCCAGUUGGAUGUUGAUUCAUAUGUUGCAUCUUACUGUAUACAAAUCAUUAAACAAAAAGUAUCA